CGCCCCAAGAAUGGCAUAAGUUUAAAGAGAAAAAUACAAUUGUCAUCAUUUGCAGAUGAUGACCACCCAGAACACUGCAAGGAACACACCAAGAAAUUAAGAUGAACAGGGGGAGAAUUUAGCAAGAUAGCUAGUAACAGAUCAAUACACGAAAGUCAUUUCUCUACAUUAGCAACAGACAGAAAGAAAUAACCAAAAAGUUGCCAUACUGCUUACAAUUUUAUUUUAAAAGUCCAAGUCUCUAGGAAUAAAUAUAACAAAGACAUGCCAGAACUCUACAUGGGAAGAAUUGUUAAAAUUUUGCGAAAGGACAGCAACAAGAUGGAUGAGAGACAUAACAAGUCCAAGAUUAGGGGAUAAAAUGGGUGUGAAUUUGAAAACACUACCUGUCCCUGGGGUGGGUGUGGUUGGGAGGCACUUGGAUGUGUCACUGGAAUACACAAUGAAUGACCAUGCCUCUAAUUUGCUCUCUCUUUCUCUCUUCUCGUUUGAGCUGUGCCUGGUCAAACCCAGCAGUCCUCAGCCAGGACUUACCAACCCAUCCUGCCAGCAGCAUGAAGCCUGUGCUGUUUCUUCAACUUCUGCUGUUGAUUCACUUAGCACCUCAGCGGGUGUCUGGGAGUCCCAAGCAACAUUUUAUGAGGAGCAUCUUGGAACCGCCACCCUGCAAAUCAGACCCUGAAAAUUGUACUCAUUUCUGUACAUUGCAGGAAGACUGCCAUAAAGGAUUUCAGUGCUGUUCUGCCUUCUGUGGGAUAGUCUGUACUCUAAACAUAAAUAUAAACCAUGACAGGUAAGGGGAUUCUCAUUCCCAGUUCUGAUCCAGCUGCCAUUUGUGAAUUCAACAGAAGAGUCUCUUACCAGCCCCUACAGUGGAACUAUUUUUUGAACAUUCACCUUCUCUUUACCAACAAUAAUUUCCUUAAAUGUCCUGACAAAAAGAGCCUUCCUCCACUCCCAAACUUGUCUCUUCAUCACCACAUCUGUGAAUCUCUGAAUAUGCCUCUCUGAACUCACCCAAAAACCCAUCCACAGACCCUGCCUUGUCCCAGAAUCCACUUUUAUCCAGAAGCCUGGGACAUUAUAUCUGAAAGUCUCACCCAAAUCUCAAAGCCAAUCUGUUUUUUCUGGUUUUGCUUUCCCUCUUUCAUCCAAUACCAACCUUUGGCUCCCAGUGUUCCUGGGCACUGCACAUCCUCCAGCCUGAGCAAAACUUUGGUUAUUUGCUGAGGCAUUAACGCUGGCCCCAAGUCUGCUGAAUGGAAGUGCUUCCAGAGCAGAGAAAGGGCAUUAAAGAGCUAUGAGACAUCUGGUUUUCUAAUUCUAUCUUCCAACUAUGUCUUUCUAUGACCUUGAGCAAGACAUGUUUGCCUUUCCUAUGUUCGUCUUUGUUUUUCUCAUGCAUGAGAUAAAGACUCUUUAAUUCAGCCUUACGAGAUUGCUAUAAAGACCCACAAGGCAAGAGACUCAACCAGUGACCUUCUAAGCUGUCUUGUUUACUGCUGUAUUCCCUGCCCUGAGCACAAUACCCAACAUAGGACACAAGGAACAGAGUGAUGAAGUAGGGGCCCAGAGCCAGAUACCCAGACCCAAAUCCUGGCUCUAUCACCUCUUAGCUGAGUGAUCUCAGACAACUUAAUCAACCUCUCUCCGGGCAUCAGCUUCCUCAUCUUUAAGACUGGAACAAGACUGAGAUUAAAUUAGAUAACCCAUGCAAGCUCUAAAAACGUUACUCAUGACAGAUUAAUUACUCAGUAAAUUUUGCAAUUAGGCAACCACUUCUUUCUUAAGAGGUGGGCCUUUGCAGUGAAACUUCACAUGUUUCCAGGCUCUAAAGUGGAAUGCAGAAGCAUAAGUAAGACUUUUUGUUGUCACUUGGUUCUUUGAGGUUCUGCUUUCUCUAUGGCAGGAAAAUUUAGCUUUAUGGUCUAGUUUUAAUGAUGGAAGUAAUGGAAAAAUUAAAUAACUAUAUUUCUUUUUAAAAUUUUUUUAAAGUUCAUUUAUUUAUUUUGAGAGAGAGAGAGAGAAGCAGAGAGAAAAGGAGAGAGAGAAUCCC